AUGACGUUACUGCGUACUUUCAUAGUCAUUGCAUGGAUCUCUCUAGUCCUUGGCGGCAUGAACGUAUCAGCCGUGCACGCACAUAAUUUGCAACGACUGCAGGACUUUCGUGGUCACGAAUAUUUUGUGCACUUUGACUUGCAUCAAUCCGAGGAUGACUCGGUCGAGUUGCCAGUCCAAGAAGAAUUCUUUGUUGAUGCUAUUGUCGAUCACUUUGCUCCUGUGUCCAAACGCACAACGUGGAAGCAGAGAUACCAAGUGAAUGAAGAAUUCUGGCAUGGUCAUGGCUAUCCCGUGUUUCUCUACAUUGGAGGUGAAGGACCUUUAGGACCUAAAGCUAUUACCAAUCGCACCUUCAUUUACUACUUGGCGGAACAGCACGGGGCACUGCUGGUCGCACUAGAGCAUCGGUUCUAUGGGCAAUCGUACCCGACCAAGGACAUGAGUCUACCGAACCUAAGGUAUCUCUCCAGUGAACAAGCAUUGUCAGACUUGGCACAUUUUCAUUCUUUCGUGACGGACAAGUAUGGACUGACAGAUGAAAAAUGGGUGGCAUUUGGAGGAAGCUAUCCAGGUAAUCUAGCGGCAUGGAUCAAGUUGAAAUACCCGGCGCUCUUUGCAGGAACGGUAGCGAGUUCAGCACCGUUACAUGUAAAAACAAACUUUUAUGAGUACAUGGAAGUUGUUGGAGAUGGACUACGAUACUUUGGUGGCGGUGAGUGCUAUCAUGAAGUGGAAAAGGCAAUUACGCAGCUUGGACAGCUCAUGGAUGGUGGAAAAGAAGGUCGCAAGUACGUGGAUGCAUUGUUCAAGCCGUGCUACCCGAUGGUCAAUGAAUUCGACGACUCGGUUUUCGAGACUUCUAUCAUGGGCGCGUUUCAAGAUAUCGCACAAUACAAUGCUAUUCACGAAGAAGUCAUGACUCUGGAGGAAGUCUGCAAGCACUUUGCUGAACCGAAGAAUGCUUUGGAAAAGCUGGCUUCGUUCAUUAACAUGACUCGUGUAGGAGAUUGUCUCGACUCUAAGUUUCAAGGGGCAGCUAACGGGACCGUCGAGGUGCUGAGUCGUGACCAGUUCGAUGGGAAAAGUAGUGCUCGUCAAUGGGUGUAUCAGACAUGCAAUGAGUUCGGCUACUUCCAGACCACGACAAGUACGCGGUCUCCUUUCCAUGCACUUCGUGGGGUUACACAAGCCAAUGUCGGCACUGAAAUUUGCAAGCGCGUGUACAAUAUGAAUGUUUCUCCAGAUGUCGCUGGCGCUAAUCUCGACUACGGCUCGCUUGGGAUCGAAGUGGAAGGUGUAGCUUUUCCAAGCGGGACAAUUGAUCCAUGGCAUGCAUUGGCUGUCCAGAACUCAACCAGAUUACACUCGUACUCAUCUGAAGCUGUGUUUAUUCAAGGCACUGCUCACUGUGCAGACAUGUACUAUCCGAAUGAGAAGGACUCAUCGCAAUUGCAAUGGGCACACGCCAAAAUUGCUGCACGAGUUGACUCCUACAUGCAAGACGUUCAAUAUCGUCCCAAAACUCAAGCAAUGCCACGUAUUUCUACAGAAGUAACGGCCAUCGAGUAG